GAAUCAUACGCUAUGUUCAGUCCUUCUUACAACCCCCUCCCCAAGAUGGCCGCCAUUCGCCAAACUCCGCUAUCUUGCAGUGGUCACACCCGUCCUGUGGUCAAACUAGCCUUCAGCAGACUCACUCCGUAUGGCUACUUUCUCAUCAGCGCCUGUAAAGAUGGGAAGCCUAUGUUACGUCAGGGUGAUACGGGAGACUGGAUCGGCACGUUCCUCGGACACAAGGGCGCUGUCUGGGGCGCUACGCUGAACGAAGAUGCUACCAGAGCCGCUACUGGUGCUGCCGACUUUACCGCGAAAGUCUGGGAUGCUGUGUCGGGGGAGGAAACUGCAACAUUUUCACACAAGCACAUAGUGAAGAGUGUGGACUUUUCUAAGGACAGCAACCAAUUGUUAACAGGGGGAAAUGAAAAACUGUUGAAGAUUUUUGACCUGAACAAGCCAGAAGCGGACCCUGUGGUCUUCACCGGUCACACCAACUACGUAAAGGAUGCGCUGUUUCUGCCGGAUGGGAAACGGUUGGUCAGCGGUGGUGACGACAAAACAAUUAGAAUGUGGGACAUCACAUCACAAACAGAGGUAAAGAAGCUGGACUUUGACAGCAUCGUGACGGACAUGUCUCUGACUAAGGACGGCUCCAUUCUGGUGGUCACCAACGGCAGAACUGUCAGUUUCUUCAACGCUGACAGUUUAGAGAAGUUGAAGUCCUACAGCACACCAUCACAAGUGUACUCAGCCUCGCUGAAUGAAGACAAGGGAUCCUACGUCAUCGGUGGAGAGGACUUCAAACUCUACAAGUUUGACUAUGAAACUGGCUCAGAGCUGGAAUCUUACAAAGGACACUUUGGACCAGUCCACUGCGUGCGUUUCUCUCCCGACGGAGAAUUGUACGCCAGCGGUUCGGAGGACGGCACGCUGCGACUGUGGCAGACAAACGUAGGCACGACGUACGGACUCUGGAAGUGUGUCUUACCCGAGGACGCCAUAGAGGAAAACAAUGGAGGCAAUGGCACCAAUGCAGUAAAGACAGAAGGGUAGAGGGACUGAAAAAAUGUUUUGGCACUAUUUAUUUCCAAACAACAAGACAACUAUGACAAGCAGAGAGUGAAGAGCUUCAGCAAGAGACUUUUGUCUUUAAAAAUGAUAAUCAAGAAGGAAAAAAAAAAGAGUUGCAUUUGAACAUCA